CACACAACCAAUUUCCAUUAUCCAUGGCGUCUCUCUUCUCUAGCACUUAUGCCAGCCUUUCUUACGGCGGACCGGCACCAUCUACCGCCGCCUCGAAGCCACGGCGGCGGAUGGUGGCGGUAAGGGCGGACGCGAUCAACCCGGACAUCCGUAAGACGGAGGAGAAAGUGGUGGAUUCGGUGCUUCUCACCGAAAUCGCCAAGCCUGUCACUGCUUACUGCAGGUGUUGGAGGUCUGGGACGUUUCCUUUGUGUGAUGGGAGUCAUAUGAAGCACAACAAGGCCAGCGGAGAUAAUGUCGGGCCGUUGCUCUUGAAGAAGCAGUGAAACUGUAUUGAAAUGGUGAUGCCUUGCGAGGUCUUGUUUUAUCUCUUUCUUCAUCACUUCAAGUUGAAACCAAAAUACUACUCGAAUGUCUCUUUUCUUGUUUGGGAGUAAAACAAGAGAUUUUUUCCCCAUGUUUUAUUAUAACUUUUUAUUCCCAGCUUUUGUUUCAGUUUGGUGACCACAAAUUUGAGUUAUUUAUAUAACCAAAACUCAUGAGGAACUCCCUCAACACCAGACUUCGUAGCAGAGCAUAUAAGCAGAGGAUAAACAGAUGAUGUUUUCUCACUGCUUCAUGUCCAAUAAUGUUGUAUCAAUAUUAGGUGAAAUGAGGUUUACUUUUUCUUGUGCAUGAUUGGUUAAUUGCAGAGAUUCUUGGACCUAUAGAAUGUUAGAAAAAUGAGAAUCGAUUUAUGCUUUCGCUGUU